AUGGGAUCGCUGUCAGUCUCUACCUACAGAGGACUUGUCCACUGGAAAGGGCUCCUGCUACUUGUUUCACUCUUAACUUUCUGGAGCCUGCCCACCACAGCUGAAAUCCAUGUUUUGGACAGCUUUGCUUCUGAAGGGCAAGAUGUGCUUCUACGUAUCCACAAUAAGCCUCCUGAAUCUGUAGGCAUAGUGUGGUACAAGGGUAAAGGUGUGGACAAAAAUAAUAUAAUUGCAUUUUCUAUGAUGACAUCCGGUUUCCAUUUAAGUGGUCCUGGAGAUAAUGGAGAACAGAUGAUAACUGAUGAUGGAUCCUUGCUAUUGAAAAAUGUCACCGUGAAUGAUACAGGACCAUACACUGUAGCUGUCCACCUUCCAGAUUCAGAACCAGAAAUAGCAUCUGGGCUGCUUCACUUGUUUGAGUAUCUGACAGUGCCCGUCAUCCAAGCUGGAGGGCAUACAGUCAGUGGGACUACGUAUACUCUGGUCUUGAACUGCUACACAAAAGAACGCAUAAUCCAGUGGAUGUUCAAUGACAGGCCUCUGCUACUUACAAACAGAAUUACUCUGACCAGGAACAACAAAAGACUAAUCAUAAACCCAGUCACAGGGGAAGAUGCUGGGAUUUACAAGUGUAAAGCAUGGAACACCACCAUGUGGGCUGAAAUUCAGACCAAUGCCCAUGGAAUUAGAAAUGAACCCAUAGUUUACGAAGCUAAGUUUGAUCUCUUGGUCUUUUGGUACCUCCUGGAGAAGAGUACAUCAUUCAAAGCUAGAGAAACUGCAGUCUCAGUCUUCAACUUCUGCUGCCAACCCACCACCGCUCAAAUAUUUAUUGGGGUGCACUUUGAACCUGCAGGAGGGACUGUGCUUCUACCUCUCAACAGUACCCAUCCCAAUGUUACAGCCUUUAUAUGGUACAGGGGACAAAGCAUGGACAGUAAUGAUAUGAUUGCAUUUCUUAUAACACACUUAAGAGAUGAUAUAAAAGGUCCAGCAUACAGCGGACGAGAGAAAAUAAACUCUAAUGGAUCCUUGCAGAUCGACAAUGUCACCAUGGAAGAUUCAGGAAUGUACACCAUGUUGGUCUACAUUACAGAUGUAAUAAAAGAUGUUGGAAUAGGGAAUCUCAUCUUAUAUGAGCCUGAAUUAGUGGUCUCCCUCAAUGCCAGUAACACCACAGUCACAGAGAAUCAAGAUGCUGUGGUUUUCACCUGCAAGACAAAUGCACUCAUGUAUCACUGGUUGCUCAAUGGUACAAUACUGCCACUCGGUAGGAUACUGCCAUCCAGUGAGCGCAUAAGUAUUUCCCAAUCCCACUACAGCCUCACCAUAGACCCUGUGAAGAGGGAAGAUGCUGGGACUUACCAGUGUGAAGUUUUCAACCCCAUCUCAUCUAUAAAAAGUUUGCCAGUUGUGCUGCAUGUGAAUGUGAAUGACACUAAUUUCCUGCCAUAA